AUGUCUCCUGCCCUUGCUGCAGGCUGUCUGUCCUUGCUGGUGACGGUGCAGCACACAGAACGCUACGUCACCCUGUUUGCCUCCAUCGUCCUCAAAUGUGACUACACCACCUCCGCCCAGCUCCAGGACGUGGUGGUGACGUGGCGCUUCAAGUCCUUCUGCAAGGAUCCCAUCUUUGACUACUACUCUGCCUCCUACCAGGCAGCCUUGUCCCUGGGCCAGGACCCAUCGAACGACUGCAAUGACAGCCAGCGGGAAGUUCGCAUCGUGGCCCAGAGGCGGGGGCAGAACGAGCCGGUGCUGGGCGUGGAUUACCGGCAGCGCAAGAUCACCAUCCAGAACCGAGCUGACCUUGUGAUUAAUGAAGUGAUGUGGUGGGACCACGGCGUGUAUUACUGCACCAUUGAGGCUCCAGGAGACACGUCUGGAGACCCCGAUAAGGAGGUGAAGCUCAUUGUCCUGCACUGGCUGACGGUGAUCUUCAUCAUCCUGGGAGCCCUCCUCCUUCUGACGCUGAUUGGCGUGUGCUGGUGCCAGUGCUGCCCUCAGUACUGCUGCUGCUAUAUCCGCUGCCCGUGCUGUCCCACCCGUUGCUGCUGCCCUGAGGAAGCCCUGGCCCGUCACCGCUACAUGAAGCAGGCUCAGGCCCUAGGUCCUCAGAUGACGGAAAAACCCCUGUACUGGGGGGCGGACAGGAGCUCCCAGGUUUCAUCCUAUCCAAUGCACCCGCUGCUGCAGCGAGAUUUGUCCUUCCGGUCCAGCCUCCCACAGAUGCCAAUGACCCAGACCGCGGCCUACCCUUCGGUCACCAACGGCGUCCUGGAGUACUUGGAGAAGGAGCUGCGGAACUUCCACCCAGCCCAGCCUCUGCCGCCAGACAUCAAAGCCAGACCGGGGCCACCGCGCAGCCUGCUGUCCUCCCUGGGCUCUGAGGUGGUGGAACGCAGAGUCAUCCAGCUGCCCCCGCUGAUCAGAGACGUGCCUUCCUCACGGGGGACCAGCGACUCCUCACACCUGCGGUGGCUCACCCCCGUACCCUCCAGACCCUGGGAUCCGAGGGAAGUGAGGCGGCAGCACCGCUACUCCGAUUUCCACCAGGAGCUCCAGGACUGGGGUCCAAAGCCCUGGGCGCUGGAGAGAAGGGAGCUGGACUAUCCGUGGAGCGGAAGGCACCCCGACCCCAGGCCAAACAGAUCCCCGAUGCCCUGGUCCGACAGGGACAGCCUCAGCGACGGCCCGUCGUCCAGGGAGACCCGCCGGCGACGCAGCCGGCCCCCUCUCCGCAGCCGCCAGGACCAGGCGAGGCCCCGCAGGCCCAGCCCGCGGGAGAGCAGGAGACGCAGGCCGCGCAGCUACUCCCCUCCGCCGCCCUCAGGCCUCAGCUCCUGGAGCUCCGAGGACGAGCAGGAACCCCCGAGCUGGGGCGCCCGCAGCCGCCAUCGCCGCCGCCGCUCGCACUCCCCGCCCUGGCCCGAGGAGAAGCCGCCCAGCUACCGCUCGCUGGAUGUCAUUCCAGGCAAGAAUGGCAGGAAAAAAGGGAGUGUGGAGAGGCGCUCGGAGAGAGAGAGCUCCCAUAGCGGAAGGAGUGUGAUCAUUUAGUCACCGCUGUUUCUGCUGCUCCUUCCCGGCUCGCCUGGA